AUGCUGCACACGCAGCCACUCUCAUACGCUCAGCGCGCAAAGAACGCUCAGAACAAGUCAAAUCAUGGCGACGACAGUCCACCCACUUCACCCACUUUGGCUGUCAAAGCUCUCUCCAUCGUCGCCGCUCAGAAGGACACGACCAUCGUGAACUUUUGGAGUCAAAGGAAAGAGAAGAUGGCGGCGGCGGCUGCAACCGUUCCAUCACGCGACAACACCACCACCAACGGCGUCGAUACGAAUAGCUGGCCAGAGGUCGGCAAGGUUCUCGAAUCUGCGAGUGGCACGACGACGGAUGAACAACAGGAAAGGGAGAAGGAAAACGUGUCACAUACCCCAAGGAAAACGAAAUGGGUUCCUAUACCCCCAGAAGAGCUCCAAGCAACUGCAGACGCACUCCGAGUAAAAUCAGCAAAAUCUUCUCGCUCCAAUUCACGGAGUAACAAUAAACGAAACACCACCAACGCCAAUGCGAAUGGAUCAACCCAGAACCAAUCAGGGCGCCAAUCGACGCCAGCAAGCACAUCUCACUCACGCGUGAACAGCCGCUCUGCGAGCGUCCAUUCCAGUCCUCACUUGUUUGCUCGUGGUCGGCGAUUGCCUGAUGAUCAGGAUCACUCCGUCCCUCCCGUACCGACUCUCAAUGGAACUAAUGCAAACGGUGGUGGUAUGAAAGCGAUAACAACAACGAAAGAUGACGCGUAUAGACCGUAUCAACCACAGCCUUACCUACCCUCCCCUAUCACUAUCACGAGGAACACAUCAACGGACUCACCGACGUACCCGUACCCGCACCCGAAUUACCCUGCGUUUGAGUAUCCUUCAGCUGGCUCUUCGCAUCACCCGCUAUCAGCGAUGCCUGCGCCACAGACGAUGCCGGUCCCGCAACCUUAUUGGUUCCAUCCCAAUCCAUCUUCGGGGCAACAUAGUCCGAAUUACCCACCACAUAAGCAAGCACAAGGGAUGUAUUCUAUGCCUCAGCCUGUUGUACAUCACCAUGCAAGCGGGAGGAAACCACCUGAACAAGCAGCGCCUGUCGUUGUGUACGGGUACGAUGUUUCAACACCUGGGAAUGGGAAGAAGGCGAUGAGAGGGGCGGGUCCGGUGGUGUUUGGUUCGAUUGCGAGUGCGCAAGAGGUUACGCCCAGUCCGAGUCCUGGACCUUCUAUGCCUGUGCCUGUGAAUGUGCCUGUACCUGUGAAUGGGGGGUUGGCGAUUGAUGAGUUGGGUGUUAGGAGGAUAACGACGAGGCAUGGUGGUGUUGAGCAAAGGGGUGUAUUGAAUGGCGUGGGCAAGUGGGAGUUUGGGACUACGGGGUUGACGGCAACGGGGUUGGAUGAUCAUCAGCUCGAGGACACCAAGCCACUCAAAACAAACACGAACACGAACACGAACGGGUUGGUGGAGAGUAAACCCUCCUCGGGGUCUGUAUCACCCCUCGUUGGACUUGGAGGAGGGUUGGACGCGUUUUCGGUUAAAGAUUUUGGGUUUGGGUUUGGGUCUAGGAGGGCGAAUGUUAGUGGGGCGAACGAGGAUGAAGGCGGGCAAGAGGAAGGGCAAGAAGGGGAAGGAGAAGAAGGGGAACGGGAGAGGUUGGUUAAGGAGCAGGAGAGGUUGGUUAGAGCUGCCAAAGCCAAGAUGGCUGAAUUGGAAUUGGGGAGUGGGAUGCAGAGGACGGAGGGUGAGGAACCGUUGGUUGUUCCUCAGGAUGAUAAUGUUGCUGUUGUCCACUCUGUGGGUGGACGACCGAGACGAGGGUCUUAUGCUGGUGGAGGGUAUACCCACUCAGAUCGUGGUGCGCGGAGAGGAGGAGGUGGACGUGGGGCAUAUCGAGGAGGACAAGCGGGAGUGUACCCACGAGGAGGAGCGUACAACUCUUCCUCUACUUCUCGUGGUGGUCGGUAUUCACAUCAUCACCACCACCAACACCACCACCAACAAUAUCCACAACAAGCCCCAUUCAACCUUUCCCCACCACCGCAUUUCCAGCCCAUCGAGCCUCUGCAAGUUUCGGUGCUUGCGCCUGCUACGUCUGGAACGACGUAUUUCCCGCCGCCUCCGCCUCAUCCUCAUCAGAGGUAUGGGUUUGAAGCUGCAGCGGCGGCGUAUCAGGGGUUGUUUCCAACUCCUCCCCAUUCUGCUCAUGGUGUUCAUGCUCAAGUACAACAGGUACAGGGAAUGGUGCCCCCGCCGAUGCCGGUGCCGUUGUCGAUCUUGUCGUUCCCGCUUGAUCCGACGAGGUAUUACCUCCUUGGACAGCUGGAGUAUUAUUUGAGUCCCCAGAAUAUGGCGCAGGAUUUCUUUUUGAGACAACGGGUGGGUGUUGAGUUUUGCUUUUUUAUAUUUGUGUGGUUUUUGUUCACUUCCUUCUGUUUUUUUUUCUUUCUUUCUCUGUUCGCGACAACGGGUGAAAUUUACGCUUUUUUGAAGAACUUUUUUUUUUUUUUCGAUUGUUGUUACGUUCCCGUUUUAUUCAUUUUCUCACUUCCAUUUCUUUUCCUCUGCCUUUUCUCUUUCUCCUCGUUUCUCUGUUCGUCUCUUCGCCCUAUGGACUCGAAAGGAUGGAUACCAAUCCAACUUCUCGCCUCAUUCAACCGUGUCAGGCAGUUGACGCUGGACAUUACACUUGUCCGAGACGUUCUCCUUCUUUCUAGCGUUGCACAGGUGCAUCAAAGCGGGGAUUGGGUACGUAUGGGGGGAUGGGAGAGUUUUGUGUUGCCGGAUGCGAAGAGGAGCGAUGUGGAUUCAAAUGACUCAGAGGCGGUUGCGGUUAGGAAUCAGGUGGUGGUCCAGGAGGGCGGAUUUACGGAGGAGUUUGUGGUGGGUGAGCCCGCGGUGACGACGCUUUCAGGGGCGGACGCGCUUGUAAAGGGCGAACCUGGACGACAGGUGGAGGAAGGGUCGAGUCGGCAAAGUGCGGGGGAAGGGGGUGGCGUUCGGGAUACUCCUCCUGACGUUUGUGGGGAAGAAGCUUUGGAGGUGACCGAGGGAACCGGGAAAGGACCAAGAAAUGUAAACGGGGGUUCUCCGCAGCCUGGCUACGAAGAAGUAGAAGAGGAACUUGAGGAGGAGGAAGAGGAAGAAGAAGAAGAAGAAGACGUCGUCUUCGUGAUGGGGGAGGAAGCUGUAGCUGUAGCUGGGACGUGGUCCCCUGAACGGAUUGCUUCAUGA